AUGGCAGCUCAGACGCAGCCGUUGCCGCCAUGGGGAAGUGCUGUAGCGGGUGCAACAGGCGCAGUGCUUGCCAAUGCAUUAGUAUAUCCCUUGGACAUUGUGAAGACGAGAAUACAGGUGCAAGCCAGAAAGAAGCCUCUCGACACCAACUCUCCUUCGACCCAUGCCGACCACUAUGAUUCAUCCCUUGAUGCCAUCAGUAAGAUUGUUGCGGAUGAAGGUAUCACGGGUUUAUAUUCUGGCAUGAACGGAGCAUUACUCGGUGUUGCAUCCACCAAUUUUGCAUACUUCUAUUGGUAUUCCGUCGUUCGAAGUCUCUAUGAGUCAUCGUUAUCAAUGCCGAAACCUCCAAGCACAGCUGUCGAGCUAUCGCUUGGGGCUGCCGCUGGAGCUGUUGCCCAGGUCUUCACGAUUCCUGUGUCUGUUAUCACAACAAGGCAGCAGACACAGUCCAAAGGUGACAAGAAAGGCUUUUUUGAUACUGGAAGAGAAGUUAUUCAUAGUGAUGAUGGGCUGACAGGAUUGUGGAGAGGACUGAAAGCCAGUCUGGUCCUGGUUGUUAAUCCUGCCAUCACUUACGGCGCAUAUCAGCGAUUACGGGAUCUACUCUUCCCUCAGAAGAUCAAUCUACGGCCGUGGGAAGCCUUCUUGCUAGGAGCUCUGUCAAAAACACUGGCAACCAUUGUUACACAACCGUUGAUCGUGGCAAAAGUCUGUCUGCAGUCAAAGCCUCCCCCAGAUCGGAAAGGCAAGCCUUUCAAGACAUUUGGUGAGGUAAUGAAGCACAUCAUCGAACAUGAAGGGCCUCUGGCUCUCUUCAAGGGAAUAGGUCCACAGAUCCUCAAAGGACUACUUGUACAGGGUAUAUUGAUGAUGAUCAAGGAGAGGAUGGAAUUGCUCUUCGUGGUUCUCUUCGCCUAUGUACGUCGGAUCCGAGACGAGAAGAUGAAGCAAGCCGCAGAUGCCAUGCGCUCUGGAGCUGCGACCGCUUCUGAUCAAAUUUCCGAUAAGACGAGAUCGAUGAAGCUGAAGGAGAAAGCUGAUGCAGUCACAUCCAAAACAUCCACAUUAGCAGAGAGCGUUUCGGAUAGAGCGAAGAACAUGUUGCCAAUCACGACGAAAUAA